CCCAUGGUCCUUACGGAGUCCCAGCAUCCACUUAGUACGUCAGAGAAACAUAAUUUAACCGAUAUUUUCUUUCGAUGUCCCAUCCCUACUCUGCUGCAAGCUUUACUUUCGUUUUUUUGUUAUGACCGGAUGCUUUGACGAGCUCUGGCCACUAGAGGGAGCUCCCUCUAUACGAGGUCUUCCCUGUUGUUGUUGCUGCUGCUGCUGCUGAUUUCUUCCUUUCUGGUUGCCUCGGUGCUGCCUGACUUCCUCCGACUCUCACUGAAUCUUUGGGGGAUAUUCCUCAUCAAUUUGUCUGUUUGGACAUCCAUGCCCGCUUGCUGUUGCUGGGAUCUUGCACACUUGUAGAUGGCAGAGGAAAAGUUCUUGAUCUCCCAACUGACAAAUUAUUUACGAGCGGAUUGUAUUCAGCUUUGGAAAUCCCCAUAUACCACAGAAGAACAUGAGGCUGGCCCUGAGGUUAAAGAGCUGUGUAAGAAAUAUUCUGAAAAGCUGAAAUACAGUAUGGAUGAUAUAGCCAAUGCCUUGGAAGAAAUCCGCUGCUUAGCAAUACAACGUGGCAGUGGAAACCAGGCUUUUAAAACAAAGGGAUUGGCCUCAUUGCAAGUCUUCCUGCCACGCAAACUUAAUAAAGGAUCCAAAAACUCCAUAGAGACUUCACUGAAUAUCACUGGGAAGGAGCUGAAGUACCAAAUAGCACAAACAUAUGGACUGCAAGAAAGUUACAUAAAGAUCAUUGUUAACAAGAAACAACUUGAAACUGACAAAACUCUGCAAGAACAAGGCAUUAGCCAUAAUGUCAAGGUUUUAGUCCUGGAACUCAGUUACACAGAUGAAGAAGCCAGGAAGCGGGUCCACAAUGAGGAGAAGGAGAGAGAAGAGGAGGAACAGAAGGAUGAGAGUGUGAAAAAGAAGAUGAUGCGUACGAGAAAGGGGCUGGAGAUCCUUGCAGAGAGGGACGAGGCCUCUGAUGUAGACACAAUGCCAUACUUGGAGAUUGCAAAUCAAACAGGUCGAUCCCUCAAAAUUCCUAAAGCAGCAAAAAAGGCCCUCAUGCUGGCUAUGGGCUAUCAUGAACGGGGAAGAGCAUUCCUGAAGAGAACAGAGUAUGCUUUAGCACUGCAGUUCUUGUUGGAUGCAGACAAGCACUUCUGUGAGUGUGGAACAGAGCUAAUAGACUCUGUGGAUAAUUAUGCUGUCCUGCAGCUUGACAUUGUGUGGUGCUACUUCCGCUUGGGUCAGUUAGACUGCUUGGACGAUGCAGACUCAAAGCUAAACAUGUCCCAAAGGUGCUUCAACAAAUGCUAUGGAGAAAACCACGAGAGGCUGGUCCACAUAAAAGGAAGCUCUGGGAGGGAGAAAGUGCUGUUUCUAAGACUGAAUCUACUGCAAGGGAUUGUAAAUUACCACAACGGAAAAGCCAAAGAGGCGUCAGAAAAACUGGCAGAGGCAAACAGAUUGUAUAAUGAAAUUUCCAUAGACCCCACCAAAGUAGAGACCUUGCUGCAGCUGGGAUGUUCUGCUCAGGAGGCGCGCCUGGCACUGAGAGCAUGUGAUGGGAACGUGGAACAUGCUGCAAAUCAUAUCGAAUAUAAACGAGAGGAAAAAGCAAAGAUUAAAAAAGAAGAGCGAGAAAAGAGGAAGAGGAGACUAGACAAGAUCAAUACUCUGAGAGGGAUGGGAUACUCUGAGACCGCUGCGGCAAAGGCCCUAAGUCAGGCUGGUGGCAACAUUGACCGUGCAGUUCAGAUUCUCCUUGAUAAUCCAGAGUUGUUAAUCCCACAUGAUAAUCCAUCUGGCAGUGAUUCUUACAGUGUUCCUCAAGAGAGUAUUGAUCAACUGGUGUAUAUUGGUUUUACUCCUGAGGCAGCUAAGGCAGCUCUCCAACUAUUCAUGGGUAACACUGAACUGGCUUCUCAGAUUCUGGCUCACCACCAAGGAGUUCUCCCUCCUAACCUAUUUCAGGACCUAGAGAACACACCUAAAGCAAACGAGUCCAAUCCAUCUUCCUCAGAGUCUGCAGGGACUAGCUCGUCUUAUGCUGAUGAACCAGCCAUUGAUGCAGUGAAAGAAAUUUUGGAUGAUAUCCCUGAACACGAAGAGGAUUAUCUGGAUUUAACAUUAGAAGAAGAAGGACUCAUUCUUGUAGAAUAUCUUUCUUACCUAGAAAAGUUGUAAUGUAUGAUGCUUUCUGAUCUGCAGAGAUGAGUACAGAUGGCCACUUCUGGCAAGUCUCUCAUUAUUCUCUUUUAAGGCACCUUAUACCCUUGAUGUUUAUUUAAUAUUGGUUUGUCUAAUGUUAAGAUAAUGUCAGGAAAUAACAUACUACAGAAUUCUGAACAAAGUAAAUGUUUAAAGGGAGAAUGAUUGUGAAAUUUUUCACAUUAUGGGGGGUAUUCAAUUAGCUCAGGUAAUCUCGGAGCUAUUGAAUUCGCACCCCUGCCUAUUCAAUUGCGGCCCGUUUUUAAGACAUUUUCGCCAAUGCCUUUUUCACCUUUCUUUCUUUUUUUUUUUUUAUCUGAAAAUGCCUCAAAAUAGGCAAAAACGUCCUGCGUUUUUUGCCGGCGCAUGUGAGAAAAGGUGGAUUUGCUGACUUUUCUCCUGCUGAAUUAUUUGCCUAGGGGAAAAAACGUUCCUGCUAUUGAAUAGGGCGAAUCCCUAUGCGCCCUAAAAAUUAAUGAAAAGUCACAGUUUUUUCAUUUAGGCGAUAAAUGGGCCUAAUUGAAUACCCCCCUAAAACUGAUCUAGUACCACAAACACCUGUGGUCAGCAUGCACGUUAAUACUAUUACACCAGCAACUGCCUAGUCAGAACUGAGAAGACAGGUAGGCUCAGUGUGCAGAGUAUAGGAACUUAUGUGACUUCCAGCAAACCUCUGGUAACUGCUGUCUGAGCCAGUGUGUGUGUGCAAGGCAAUAUCUGGUAGCUUGCUGUGGGUACGAUUUGCUCAGAGCGAUUAAAUAAAAUAAUAUUCCUAUGUUUAAAGUUAGAAGAUUGUGUUGCCAUAAAAUGCAGGAUUAAAAAACAACUAACAGUUGUAUAUAAAUUAGAAUAUACAUUCUCUAACAAAAUCCAUAGAAAUUGCAAGCGUUUUGGACAAACAGGCUGUGCAGUAUUUUUAGCUACUGUAUUGUUGGCACAGAGUUCUCUUUAUUUCGGGGAAUUGUUAGUCUUCUAUUACUUGAUACUGCUACAAGUAUACAGAGAAUAAAUUCCCGAGUUCUAAAAUUCUCUCAACGAUGAAUUAAUCAGAGGGUGUAGACAAGCAGGAGUGAGGUGGAUGUCCCUACAACAGCCUGCAGUCCAUCAGAGUAUCAUUGCAUUCCGAACACCUCUUGUUCUAUUCUGUAUAAGUAAAACAUCAGCUGAAGCCUACAGUGAGUACUAAAUGCCUCAGUUAUGUCUCUAGUUUCGCCAUACACAAAGUUGUAAGUGAUGGAUACACUUCAACGUAGGCAGACUCUCCAAGCUGUGGAUGAAAUUUCGAAGACUAUUGGACUUAAAUGCACUUUUAGGGGUGUAUUCAAUAAUUGUCAAAAGCUUCAGGGGUUCUGACCUAUUCAAUAGGGGGGCCGUUUUUUCCUGCAAUUCAGGAAUUCCCGACUUGUCGGAAUGCACGCGGCCGCCGAUCCGUGUGUAUUGUCGGAAGCGCGACAGGUUUUAGCCCCGUUUCCGACAAUGUCAGUCCAACGUUAAAAAAAGUCGGCUUGACAUUGCCGACACCUCAGGCGGUAGCUCUAGUCCAAUCCCAGGGACAGGUUGACUCCUCUGGUGGUACCGGGAUGAAGUUGCCCAUUCAGCCCCCCUGCUGGCUGCAGCGCCCCAGGUACAGCGACCCACAUGCAGAGCGCCCACAUCUCCUGCUCCGGUCCGGCCGCACACACAGCAGUAGCGCUGCCGCCGCACGGUCUCCUGGACUAGCACCUCAUAUACCCCUCUGUGUCAGAGCAGCAGCCUGGCUGUCGGAUUGGUAUUGUCGGAACGGCCAACUCCAACAGCCCAUUGAAUACUGACCUGUCGGAUCCUUUUUCAUUCUACCAGUGUGACUGCUUGCUGUUCUCUGCUAUGGAAACUCACCGGCAAAGUGUGUACCUACAAACUGUUAUUGAACACUAAAGAAACUCCAAACAAGGUUUUGCCAUACAUUCUCUGCAGCCUUUAGCAAUUUUAAAAAUAGAAAAGGCCCUCUAAAACAUGUCAUCUCUUUACUUUGGAUUUACAAAACUUCUAGUGAUUAUCAUUUUUAAAUAAAUUUUUUAUACAAGUCUCCCCUCCCCAAGAAAAUGAUCCCAUUCAGGUCUUUGUUGGAGGAGUAUACUGUACCUCAAGAAUGUCUUUAACUUUUAUUAUGUUCUUUAUUCAUAAAAAUAGCUAGCAGAAUAUUGACUUUGUUGGCUGAUCUCUGAAUGGCACACAUUGGGUUCCAGAUCUAGUAUCCUAUUUUCCCUGACCGUAGUCCUUUUAUAUGAAAAAGUAAAAGCCUGGGAAUCGUCGUCUCGCAUAUCCAUAAAAGAUCUGGAAAGUAAAGGCUCCAAGAACUUUAAAGUCAAUGUUCCAACAAUACAUUAUCUAAAAUGUACGAUUGAUACAAUAGGUUAAAAAAACAAAAACGUUUUCAUAAAGAAUAGACAGCAUGCAAGUUUUUAUGUGUGCCAAGGAAUGCUAAGUGCCUUAUACAGUGAACCGGUUUAUUGUUCAUGUUCUGUUUUUUAGACAGAUAUUUGCACUGUUUUUGUAGUGUUUUAAUGUUAUUUUUAAAGAUACAAAAGUUUUGCAUUAUUAACAAAUAAACAUUUGGAAAUCUGGACAUGUUCAGCAGAAAUGAAAUAAACAGCGUUUGUAUGUUCCCAAUGAUUGGUAAUAGACAUAUAGCACACUGCUGUUUUUUCGCAUGCUUAUAACUGUAUUUUUGACCGACAAAAAAAAUUGCAAACUUCUUGCUAAAUAUAAAAUGAUACAAACUGUCA